CUGCCCCCGUGAAGCAAAACGAACCACCACGCUGUUACAAACCGACACCGACCAACGCUCCCCCAGAAUGAACAACGUUGUUUCAGGAAGAAGUUGGCGCCUGAAGCCCCGGUUAGCUAUGCGGUUAGCUAGCAAUGCUAACCCAAAGUAUGAAAGAUAGUCCCGUGUAUUGUUAAAGAAUUCCCAAAAUGAACGACACGGAAUUCAGCGUCCCUCUGUCCUCGCUGGCACUGCUGGUCCCACCACUUCGGUUGAUGUCAGCAGUGAUGUGGGAAGUGGUACGCCAGCGGAACAUAAAACACUAUGGGAAACUGGAGGAGUUUGUGUCCAUGGUAACAGAUGCAGUCCCUGAACUGAUGAGUAAAAGAGAAGGGAGAUUGCUCUCGCUGGGCCUGAGGGCAAGGACAACUCUUGAGCUGCUGCGUUCUGAACACCCUGAAGAUCUCAAGGCUGUUGAGAGCCAUCUCAACCGGAUCCGAUCUUCUUGCAUUGAGGAGACCAAUGAUCCUGUAAUUGAGGCACCAGAGGCGAACUUUAUGAAGCUGGUGCAAGGCCUCAUUGAAGACACUGAUGGCAGAGAACACUUCCUCAAGAAUGUGUUUCCAGUGGAGUAUGGCCCUGACUUCGACACAGCACUGGAGACGCUGGUUUGUGAAUUCUUCACCAGACUGGAGGAGCUGCUGCCAAUACCAGAUUUCAAACAGACUGCAUCCUGGAUCAGUGCUGCCCCAUCUGUUCUAGAGGAGUACAUGCAGUGUGUCUCAAAUGGAGAUGACCUUAAAUUUCUUCUCCAAAGCAAACAGUGCCAUGGGAAAUUGGCUAAGAGUAGCAUUGCUCCGUUUCAGUCAGAUGAUCUUCUCAUUCCCUCUCUGUCUCUCCCUCCAUCUCUGGAAGUGGCCAUCGCCUCCCACCCGAGUGCUUGCGACGAUGAAAACAACGACGUUCCUCAGAUUGUCAUGUUCGACGAAGAGCUGUCUACAAACCCUUCCACCUCGACUGACUUUCCCGAAUCGCCAAAAAGGGCCGAUAUGUCAUCAUCUCCUCGCAGGAGACAGCAGUCAGGGUUGCAUAAAUGCCCCGAGUGUGACAAAUGCUUCAAGCAUCACUCCGUCCUCAUCGAACACCAGAGAGUCCACAGUGGGCUGCAGCCUUACAACUGCUCCGAGUGCGGCAGGGCUUUCAGGACCGCCACCCUGCUAGCCGGCCACAGGUUACGGAAAUGCAAAAAUGCCGCAUACCUGUGCAUUAAAUGUGGGAACAGUUUCCCGACGUCACUGGACAAAUUCAGGCACCACUGCCCAAAACGGGGCCGUAACUACAAUUGCGGGCACUGCGGCAAGAGUUUUCAAAAGUCCAGCAGCUUAAAAGAACACCUGCUAACUCAUGUCCAAAGCCGCCUUUUCAAGUGCAGUCAUUGUGGGGUAGGCUUUUCAGGAAUUGGUGACCUGAAGUAUCACCAGCAGGUAGAUCAUGAUAAGCCUUAUCAGUGUAAGCAAUGCGGCAAGAGCUUUAUCUCCUCCAAGUGUCUGACCAAACAUCAGCAACGACACGAAGAGGUCGGUGAAAUGGAGACCGCUAAAUUAAUGAGUAGGGGUAAACACAGGAAGAGCGGUUCUGCACAUCGGACUUCCUCUUCAUCUAUGUCCUCCAGGAAAACGUCGGUCAAAGCCGUCUACCCACGAGGACGAGUCACGCACAAUUGUCCACUGUGUGGAAGGAGCUUCAAGUAUCGUUUUGAGUUUCUCGAGCACCAGAGGUUCCACACCGCGGUGAAGCCAUACAAAUGCUCUCAGUGUGGCAAAGCCUUCCGCACAGAGGCUCACCUCUCCAGGCACAGGAAGAGAAAGUGUAAAAACGCUUCCCACAUUUGCACAAAGUGCGGGUGUCAGUUCAGGUCUCUGCACGAGCGGGUCAGGCAUCAGUGCGUCCAGCUGCUGACAAAAUACGAGUGUUCUCACUGCGGAAAGACCUUCAAGAUGGCCCACCUGCUGAGGAAUCAUCAGAUGAGUGAACACCAGCUCCCCUACAGCCCCAACCACCGCUUCAGGUGCAGAUACUGUGAUGAGACUUUCCCUGGCAUCAGCGAGCUGAAGUACCAUCAGAGAGUUGACCACGAAAAACCCUACCAGUGUCAGGAAUGCGGCAAGUGUUUCCUGUCUGAAAAAUGCCUUGCCAACCACGAGCUGCGCCACAAUGACGACAGGCCGGAGAGCUGCCUCGUCUGCGGCCGCGGCUUCAGGAACCGCUACGACCUGAAGCAGCACAUGCGCACUCACACAGGAGAGCGGCCUUACCAGUGCACUCACUGUUCACAGUGUUUCUCUACGGCGGGAGGACUGAGGAGCCACACCAGGGUUCACACCGGCGAGAAGCCGCACGUUUGCCCAGAUUGCGGCAAGGCUUUCUCCCAGAUGGGCGCAAUGCGCACCCACCGGCUCACCCACACGGGAGAAAGGCCGUUCAAGUGCACAGUGUGCGGCAAAGGUUUCACAAUGGCACACAAGGUGACCGUUCACAUGCGCGUGCACACGGGAGAGCGGCCAUAUGUGUGCACCCAGUGUGGGAAAGCCUUCUCGGAUGGAAGCGUGCUGAAGCAGCACAUGCUGAACCACUCGGGGGUGAGACCGUACCACUGCCAGAUCUGUCCCAAGACCUACACCUGUCUGAACCACCUGAGGAGGCACCUGAAGAGCCACUCUAAUAUGAACUGAGUCAGGCUUGAAGGCAAACUGGAGCAGAACAUUUUACACAUACACACACUGCAUUUGGCAGUUACGCUACUACAAUUACAACGGACCAACUAAACCAAGCAAUACAUGAAGGAGUAUAGAAUGAUGCUGUACAGUUGCUGUUAAGAUUGAGAGGAAAAGUGUCCAAUGUAAAGUAAAAUGUAUCAUCAAGGACUAUUUGAACAUUUAAAGGAAAAGUUUAACAUUUUGGGAAAUGCACUUAUUCGCUUUGUUGCUCAUAAGUGCAAGAAUGUAAAUAAGUGUGUUUUACAAAAUGUCGAACCAUUUCUUUAACAGCACAAGCUCGUUCUCUUCCCUCGUUCCCCACCAGCCUAUAAGGAAUGGGAAUUGCAGAGUGUUCUGGGGCGCAGCGCCAUUUUUGGAGGGUAGCGUACGGAGCUUAUCUGACACCGGUCUAUUCAUCUGUCAAUCGUUCAUCAUCAGAAAUGUAUAAAGUACGUGCAAAAGACAAAUAUCCAUAUAAAGAGAAGCUGACAGAGGCAAAGGGGCGAUAUAUUACAAAAUUGUAGUUAGAUUAUGAUAUUGAUCCUUACGAACUAGGAGGGUCUUGACAGCUUGCACCCAUUACAGUCACUGAUGUGUUUUGGCGUCAGUGAACAUCUGUCAGCAGUUCAAAAUAUGCUAAUCUUUUGAGGCCGAGAACUAAUUUAAAAACAAGUAGGUAUAUGACAUUAAGAUCUACAAGCCAAAUGCCAACUACACAAUCAUCCAGACAAAGAUAAGCUAGCUUGUUAUGCUAACUGAAUGCUAAGAAAACAUCGGCUAAUACUGCAUAUUUAAUCUAACGGUAUCUUACAAAAUAAAACCCAUAACGUUAGCCUACCUUCGUGUCUGACUGUAUACUAUAUAUACUACAUUUCGGCUUUUGAAACGUAUUCACUGUGCAGUGUUUUGUGUUGUCUUUUGACAGCCAGCGGAUAGCACGCUUACCGUUAUCCUCCAAAAAUGGCCGACUUGCUGUCAGUGACGUGACAAUCCCAUUCCUUGAGCUUUUUUUUUUCUCUUCUUACAUCAGUUUCUUAUGCAUGAACAUGUUUGGAUGUUAUUCCUGAUAUCAUUUGGGUGAGAUACUGGAUGUUCAGAAGCUGUGAUAUUGGUGAGAAUAUAUUUUUGGAAAGGCCUCAAUAAUGGUGAUAGAAAUUGAAAUUUUGGCUCUCUGUAAAUAUGCUGAAAGACAAAUAUUGUGAGAGUGCAAAGUUAAAAUGACGACGCCAUUUAUUUCCACAUGACAUGAACUUUAUUCCUGUAGGCCUUUUAUAUCCCCCAUUAUGGUUUGCAAAUUUUGUGAAUUUCAAAUUAAAUUACCUUGGUUAUA